UUUUAAGAAAGAACAGCUUUCCAAACGAAGCCGGGCGUCUUCGUCUCCUCCAGUUUCCUCGUUUUUUAGCGUUGGCUAGUUCUGCGAUGGUGGAAGGGAAGAAGAGAGGAUAUCUAUCUGAGGAUGAUUGCUUCUUUCUUUUCCACAGGUACAAUCUAACAGUAAUUAUUACUCUUCUCAAGGAGAUUUUUGAGUUUGCAGACGUGAAAAUUGAUUGGAAGGCACUUGUAAAGAGCUCUUCAACAGGAAUAUCUAAUGCACAGGAAUAUCAAAUGCUUUGGCGACAUUUGGCUUACUGCGAACCUUUGUGUGAAAACUUAGUUGGGGAUGAAGCAAGGGAGGAUGAUAGUGAUUUGGAAUUUGAGCUGGAAGCCGUUCCUCCUGUUAGUGCUGAGGCUCUCUUACAGGCGAUCGAAUGUUUUGAGGUUAUAAUGGCUUCUGGUAUGACUCCUAAAGCACAUUUGAGUGAUGUUCAUAUCAGCAAAGCAUCCCAUUCUAAGGAGCAAGCAUUGACUCCAGAUUAUAGUGAGACUUUGCGACCACGCAAAAGGAAGAGACAUCCCUGGACCGCUGAAGAGGAAAAUGAUCUAAUAGCUGCUGUUAAAAAACAUGGUGAAGGAAACUGGUUGAAUAUUUUAAAGGAAGAUUUUAAAUAUGACAGGAAUCCUUCUCAGUUAUCUCAGAGGUGGAAUAUCAUCAAGAAGAGAUUGGCUUCCUCGAACUGCGCUAGUGAUGACAAAAUGAACAGCUGGGUGAUGCAAAAUAAACAACUUGCUACCAGAAAGGCAAUAUCAAUGGCUCUUAAUAUACCAAUGAUUGGAAGCUUAUCAACACCGCAAGCUGGCGCGAGAGCUGAUUCUCCCCUUGAAGCAUCAAAGAAUUUGCAGCAAGCUGCAUCACCUCAAAAACCAAAGAGGAAAUCUUCUACUACUAAGAAAAAUAAUCAAACUUCUCUUGUGACCCCAAAUUCUCUCAUACAAGCUGCUGCAGUUGCAGCCGGAGGGCGCAUUAUAGAUCCUUCUGCUGCUGCCUCUUUACUCAAAGCUACGAAUUCUAAGAAUGUUCAUCACAUCAAAAGUAAUCCAUCCUUCUGAUGCAACACACACAAAGUCUUCUGUUGUUCCUUCACCUCAAACUUUUCUAAAGAUUUCUUCAGCAUCUGAGACAAAAUCUGGACUCUGAUGCUGAUCAAAAUGCUGAUGCUGAUGUUGCCAGAAAAUUAUAGUUGGUUUCAGAGAUGAAAGGGUUGCAAGGUUGAAGGGAAAUUUUUGCUGGGAGUUGUAGAUUCACAACGUGAAGUUUUGUAUUCUUGUAAGUUUGAUUAGUUUCUUUGAAUAUUAUCUUAGAAAUAGUGAUUGUAUAAAUUUCUUUUUCUGGACAUUUGACCCUUUAAUGGAUUAUAAAUUCUCUCUUUUUUUUUAAAGCAA